AUGAUAUCAAAGCCUCAAGACGAAUACCUGAGGGAACAAGCACAAACUCUGAAGUCCAUUUUGGACCGGGCGAAAGAACUGAACAAUUUGGAAAGGAAGCGCAAGCAUAAUUGUGAUGGUGUCGUCAAGGCCAUCAAUUCGAAGAAGCGUCUCUGUCUUCUUGAAGAGUUGCUGUCUUCAAUACAACAUCCAGACGUGGACAUCGUUGGGGAUCUGGAAGCUGGCUUCAGACUGACUGGAUGGCUUAACCCUUCUGGACUUUUCACAAGACAAACAACGCCUCCACAGAUCUCAAAGUCUACUCUUGAAUCGCUUUCUCCCUUUCUCAAUCAAUCUGUAAUUUUCAGGUGUGAACGGAACUCUUCCGGAGAGUUGGCCUCGGAUCUUCUGGAGAUCACGUUGGAGGAAGUCCAGAAAGGUUGGAUCGUCGAGGAAGUCAAUGUGGAGGACCUUGAUAAAGGAGAUGUACUGUCACCAAGGUUCAUCAUCCAGCAGGGUGACAAAUCCAGAGCCAUUGACGAUUUCUCCUUUUCAAGUAUCAAUGCAACCAUUGGAUCCACUGACAAGAUUGCUUUGCAAGGGGUUGACGAGAUUGCAGCCCUCAUUAAGCGCCUGAUGGGAUCAGGCAUGGACGAUCUGCUGGGUCGUACAUACGACAUGGAGGCCGCUUACCGCCAGCUUCCUAUUCAUGCGAGUGAGCGUGGGAAAGCGAUCAUUUGCGUUUUCGAUCCCAACAGUAAGAAGCCAAGACUGUUUAAAAUGGCAACUAUGCCAUUUGGCGCUAUUGCUUCCGUUCAUGCGUUUUUGAGGACAGCAGCAGCCAUCAACAACAUCUGCUGUACUCUCUUAAAGGUCCCUGUCACCUCAUACUACGACGACUUCUCUGUCGUCACAAGGAAGUCGUUGGCCAAGGGUACAGACCUAGCCAUAAGGACGAUUUUCGAAGUCCUGGGACUCAACCUCAGCACAGCGGAGAAGAAAAACCGAGACUUUGCUCGAGUCUUCAGCGCUCUGGGUGUUGCAUUUGACCUGCAUAAGAUGCCUGGCGACUCUUUUGAGAUCAAGAACACCGAUCAACGAGUUGAAGAUCUUGUCAAAAGGAUUGGAUCAGUCCUCUCCUCUGGCAAGAUAUGUGGUCGUGAUGCAAAGGGGCUAAGGAGUAGACUUAGCUUCGCGUGCUCGCAAUUGUACGGGCGGACGGUCGGUAUGCCGAGGAAAGUCUUUUUCGGACGGUCUGAAGUAGAACAUGUAUUCACAGACGGAUCCUUGGAGCCAGCUGGUGACUCGGAUUCAGUUGCUGGAGUCGGUGCUGUGUUGGUGAGUGAACGUGGAGAUUGUCUCAAGGCCUUUUCAUUUUCGCCUACCCGUGAGCAAGUUCAAACUGUUGGUGGGAAGAUUCAUCAAUUGGAGAUUCUGCCAGUCAUCAUGGCUUGCAUUGCCUUUGAGGAAGAAUUGAGGUCGAAGCGCGUGUUCUUUCACGUCGACAACUCUGCGGCACAAUCAGCUUUGAUCAAUGCCGGUAUGGAUACUCUGAGCGAGACUCUUCGUGAAUGGCUUUCGAUGCACAUCGAUAACGGACAACGACUCGUUCGUCUUCUCAAUAUCGUUUGUUUCCUUCUUGAGAACAUCUUCGACAGUUUCACAGAACUCAGUCUCAUUACAGAGAUUGACUCUGAAUCGCAACCUGAUCAACUAGAAGUUGAUCCCACUGUAGAUGGCGGCAGCGCGAGCCACGCUUCAGAGUGCAGAUUCUUUGCUGCUCAGCUGGUCAUGACAGGUCAGCAGAGGGGCAUGCAAAUUGUUAUGGAGAAGGGAAAAAGGACAGGGUUGAAAUUUGCAAUGACCAACAUGAUUUUUGACGAGACUGAGCUGGAGGUGAACCUGCAAUCCUUCGGCCUCGGCGCCUGGUCCAUCCUAGCUUCUCAUGCCCAGUUGACUUUUGGUUUUUCCGAUGAGAUUCAGGAUUUCGACAUUCUUCGACUGCCUGUGGCAAUUCCCAACAAGAAGGCUUCCACCAUGUGGCCCGCGCUUUGCGCAGGUUUGGGGGGCCUUUGGCCGGGUUUGUCCACUUUGCCUGCGAAGUACAGGACGGGGAAUGUCAUCGAAAGAGUCACGAAAUUGCUGGGUGUGCUUACCGGAGCAUACGCUGUGGCAAAAACGCUUCGUUCAGGAGUCGUGGUUCGCAAACUGGUUGCCGAGGUGCGCAACAUUUUGCAGGAGGAAAUGCAAAUACUCCAGCGGAUUCCAGAUGGCUUAGCCGAAGAAUGGGCCUUUGGCCAGGUUUGCGCGAAGCAAAUCUUGGCCUUAGUGAAGCAAGGAGAUGAGGAGCAAGGCCUGAGCGAUGUUUUGCGCAAGCAUGGCUUGGGUGCAGCCUUUGCCCCCCUUGACAGCCGCUGCCAGAGUGUUCGUGGCCUCUGGCCUGGUUCACAGGUGCUGACGGAUGACGAGGCUUUGACCAGGGUUGUACGUGAACUGAGCAGAUGCCUGGUUGCUGACACCUAUGGUGGAGUUGAAGCUGUGAAGUGGGCCAGGGAUGCUUACAAUUCCCGGCACCCUAUGCAUAUGGUGUUCGACAUGGCCAAGGCUGUGCCAGGGUGCUCUGGAAGCCUUUGGCUGGGUGGCGAAAUGGCCAGUGGAGACCAAUCCUUGUUGGAGGCAAAUUUCAUCACAGUGAUCCUCCCGGCUGCUCGCAAGCCCGCGGUUGUAGAUUCAAUGAACAUCAAGGUGCUGCCCUACAUUGACGGAACAGGCCUUGUCAACGGUGAUUAUUCCCUCCGGGCAUUCUUGGACGUGGCUGAUCAAAUUGUGAAAUAUUUGAAGGCAGGUCAUUCUGUGCUCAUCUGUUGUAAAAAUGGCGCCCAUCGCAGCGCAACUUUGAUUUGCGCUGUGAUUAUGCGCCUGACAGGAUGGAAGGCCCAGGAAGCUGAGGCAUACUGCAACACCUUGCGCAAUAUCUUCGACCUCAGCAGCCUUCCUCCGCCCAACGCUUCAAGACGCCGGCCUACAAAACCCAUCCACUGGCUGUGUGACAAUGAGGCGAAGAUUCUGGAAGGAGCCGAGAAUUUCGCCGCUGCAGAGAUCAUCACGCCGGUGAACUUCAGGAAGAAAGCCAUGCAGUUGGACUUUGAGCUGGUUGGACCUCAUGGUUCGAGACCCAAGGUGAAGGCUAUGCCACGACCAAGCCGCGAUUCUUCUGGGUAUUCUUCUUUUGAGUACAUCACCAGUGAGAAUGAUGCGGUCUCUGACCAUGGUUUUACCACACAAUCCAGCCGCGAAGGUUCUUCCGUGGAGUCCUCUAAUGCUUCCUUGCCAACUCCACCAAAGAAGCAGAAGCAAGAACAUGGAGAUGGAGGCGAGGAAGGGGCUCAGCCCGAGUUUGAACUCGUGCCAGAUGAGCUCCACAGCAAAGAUCCUCGGGAAGCCAAGCUGAAAUCCUUGUGCGACGACCUGGAGAAAUUGAACUUAAAAUUGCUGAAAACUUUGCAGCCAAAGUCCCCUUCUGAGGCACCAGCCGAGACUGCAAAGAGUCCGAAGGGCGCAGCUUCGGCCUCUGGUGCCAAGGUUAAGACAACUGAUCCAGAGACAAACGCAGAUCGUGCAGACGUUGACAUGGGUCAGGGACCGUCUGAGGGAGACGCCAGUAUGGAAGAGAAGCCCGACUGGGAUGCAGACGAUGCUCCUGAUGCUGACGAGCCCAAGGACUCGGAGCCGAAGCCGUUGGACCCCGCUGCUUUUUCGAAGCAGGAUGGAGAGACCAUGGCACGCAUUGUUAACCUCCUGGAAGAGCAAAGGCUUCACCGCCAGGCUAUGUUGGCCAAGAGCUUGGAGGACGCCAACAAGGACACAUUCAAGGAACAGGUCUUCUUAACCCUGUGUGGGACUUCGCCUCUGGCGGUGUUGCCUAUGCUGGACGAGCCAGCGGUCACAGAGGCAACGAUUCUCCACUUCAAGGAUUCCAACGGCAUGACUUUGCUGCAUCAUGCUGUCAGGGUUGGAUGCUGGGAGGUGGCGGUCAAGCUGACCAACCUGAACACGCAUUUGUGCGACCAAGUUACCUCUCCUACCGGAAGACCUCAGCAAUGGACGCCCCUUAUGGUAUGCGUGGACGUAGGCAAGACCAGCAUGGAUGAAGGAACUUACAAGUUCAUGUUGAGCCACCUGCUGGAGCACAGCGCCUUGACAACGGUGGAGUGCCGGUCUGGAAACGGAUCCACUGUGUUGCACCACGCCUGUUCAAAAGGCAUGGUAUACACAACGAAGAGGAUGUUGUAUUCGAUGUACAACAAGGCCAACGGCACAGAUGCGGCCUUUGGCCUGGUUUCCGCUGUGAUCAACCAAGGCAAUGGUCGUGGACUUGGCUGUGCUUCUUGGCAUGUUUGA